AUGAUUUGUCUGGCGCAAAACUUUAAGCUCAAUCGACUUCUUUUGCUUGCUAUUGGUUUAUGGCCUCUUCAGAGAUCGAAGUUUGCUCAAAUUCAAUUUAUUAUACUCUUUAGUAUAUUGAUAACUUUUAUUGCAUUUCAGUUUACAACAUUUAUAACUUCAAAAUGCACUAUAGAUCUCAUCAUCAAUGUUCUGUCUUCCGCAUUCUUCUUUAUUUGCUUGGCAAUCAAAUAUAAUUCGUUCUGGGUUAAUGCCGAUAUUGUGAAAUUUUCGCUGGAGCGACUUCAACUCACUUGUAACGAACUAAAAAACAAAAAUGAAAUUGCUAUCAUAGAAAUAACUUACACAAUACUAUUUGGUAUAAGUAGCAUGUUUACUUUUUUUACUAUGUCAAUAUGGCCAUGUAUUCUCGAUAUAAUUAUAUCAAUGAACAAUUCCUGGCAGCGUCCUACAUAUCAAAUUAUUGCGACAGAAUAUUUUGUUGAUUAUGAUAAUUAUUUCUAUUUAAUUCUUCUGCAUACGAACAUAGCAUUAUGUAUAGGAACAAUUGCAAUAGUAUCAACUGGAACAAUGUUGAUAAUGUAUCUUAAACAUGUUUGCGGAAUGUUUAGUAUUGCCAGUUUUCGUAUUCAGAAGGCAAUGAUGACUAAUAUGUUGCAAAAUGUUAAUCAACAAAAAAAAAUUCAAAUUUGUAAAGGAAUAAUCUGUGCGAUAGAUAUUCAUCGCAAAGCUAUAGAGUUUUCUCAAUUUUUAAUUAAAAACUUUGCGGGCUCGUUCUUUUGUUUAAUAGCGGCUGGCAUGGUUUGUUUAAGCAGUAGUCUUGUUCAAGUUUCGUCAGAUAACAUUAAUAUUGUGCAACUUAUACAAUCGUUUAUGUUCAUAAUUAUCCUAUAUAUAUAUAUGUUCUUAUCCAAUUAUACUGCACAAGAAAUUACAGAUCACAACGAAUAUGUAUUUACCACAGUAUAUAAUGCUCAGUGGUACAUGGCUCCAUUACAUAUACAGAAAAUGAUGUUGUUUCUACUCCAAAAAGGCACUAAAGCUUUUUAUUUAAUUCUUGGUGGAAUCUUUGUAGCGUCCAUGGAAAGCGCCGCUACGUUAAUGGGUACAUCAAUAUCCUACUUCACUGUUCUUUAUUCUACAUCGUAAAAUAUGAAAUAACAAUAAUAGAAAAAUCAAAAUAAAUUAUAUA